UCGCGGGGCCCGGGGCCAUGGGAGCGCGCGCGGGCGGCGGGGCGGACGCGGAGGCGGCUCGGGACGCGCGGAGCCCCCCGAGCGGCACGGCGCAAAGUUAGCCCGGCGCCCCGGAUCGAGCCCCGGACCCGCCGCGGCAUGGGCGAGCACCCCAGCCCGGGCCCCGCAGUGGCCGCCGGCGCCGAGGCGGAGCGCAUCGAGGUGCUGGAACCCGAGGCGGAGGAGCGGCCGCCCGCGGCGCCCGAGGACCACUGGAAAGUCCUGUUUGAUCAGUUUGACCCUGGGAACACAGGCUACAUCAGCACAGGCAAGUUCCGGAGCCUCCUGGAGAACCACAGCUCCAAGCUGGACCCGCACAAAAGGGAGGUGCUCCUGGCGCUUGCUGACAGCCAUGCGGAUGGACAGAUCAGCUACCAGGAUUUUGCCAACCUGAUGAGUAACAAGCGAUCCAACAGCUUCCGCCAGGCCAUCCUGCAGGGAAACCGGCGGCUGUGCAGCAAGGCCCUGCUGGAGGAGAAGGGGCUGAACCUCUCCCAGCGGCUCAUCCGCCAUGUGGCCUAUGAGACGCUGCCCCGUGAGAUUGACCGGAAGUGGUACUACGACAGCUACACCUGCUGCCCACCGCCCUGGUUUAUGAUCACGGUCACACUGCUGGAGGUGGCCUUUUUCCUCUACAACGGGGUGUCGCUGGAUCAGUUUGUGCUGCAAGUGACCCAUCCGCACUACCUGAAGAAUGCCCUGGUUUACCACCCACAGCUCCGAGAACAGGCUUGGCGCUACCUAACCUAUAUCUUCAUGCACGCAGGAGUAGAACACCUGGGACUCAAUGUGGUGCUACAACUCCUAGUGGGGGUGCCCCUAGAGAUGGUGCAUGGAGCAACCCGCAUUGGGCUCGUCUAUUUGGCUGGCGUUGUGGCAGGGUCUUUGGCAGUGUCUGUGGCUGACAUGACCGCACCUGUUGUUGGCUCUUCUGGAGGGGUGUAUGCUCUCGUCUCUGCCCAUCUGGCCAAUAUUGUGAUGAACUGGUCGGGCAUGAAGUGCCAAUUUAAGCUACUUCGGAUGGCUGUGGCCUUGAUCUGUAUGAGCAUGGAGUUUGGAAGAGCUGUGUGGCUCCGAUUCCACCCAUCAGCCUAUCCCCCAUGCCCUCACCCAAGCUUCGUUGCACAUCUGGGCGGCGUAGCUGUGGGCAUCACCCUGGGUGUGGUGGUCCUGAGGAACUAUGAGCAGAGGCUGCAGGACCAGUCACUGUGGUGGAUUUUUGUGGCCAUGUACACCGUCUUCGUGCUGUUCGCCGUCUUCUGGAACAUCUUUGCCUACACCCUAUUGGACUUAAAACUGCCACCACCCCCCUAAGGCCCAGGAUGGAGGUGGGGGCACAGGGAGGGUGCAGCUGGGCCCACUUCCAGUCUGGCCUGCUCAGUGAGGCCAAGAGGAGAGCCCAGGAGACUCUGGGUGCUGCUAUAUUUGUGUUCAGGUUGGACAGAGAGGAGGAUCUUGGCUGAAAGAUCUUGCUGAAGAGUUGGGAGCUUCCACCUUCAUUUUUUUCUGUACAGUUCUUGAAGGCCUGUGAUGGGAAGAGAGUGGCCUUCCCCUGGGACUGAGCCUGUCCAAUAGUCUUAAGAGGUUGCUUUCCAUGUCAGAGAUGAAGCAACUGCUCUCACCCUCAUCUUCCACCCAUAGAGACCCUGAGAAAGUCAGAAAGGCUGAAGACCAGCCAGAGUAAAUUAUGAGCCAGGACACAUCCUUCAGUUGGGCUUGAAGCUCUCCAGGGACAUGGAUGACCUGGUGUGGACAUGACAACUAUGACCUGAGGAAAUCCAGUUAACCCUCCUUUACC